AAGGCCCCGGCCAUGUUUGGGAUGGAGAGAGUGAUGGAAGAGGAGGAGAGUUGAUAAACUCAGUAGCAGCAGUCCAGACCAUCACUUCUGUCCUGUCCCCAGGUCCCAGCAGGUCUUUCACUGUCCAGUGAGUCGGUGUUGUAGUGUUGUCGUCGUUGGUCCACAGCGCCCCCUGCAGUCAUGUGUGAUGAUGAGGAAAGCACCGCUCUGGUCUGUGAUAAUGGAUCUGGUCUCUGCAAGGCCGGGUUCGCCGGGGACGACGCCCCCAGGGCCGUCUUCCCCUCCAUCGUGGGCCGACCCAGGCACCAGGGAGUGAUGGUGGGUAUGGGACAGAAGGACAGUUACGUAGGUGACGAGGCUCAGAGUAAGAGAGGAAUCCUCACCCUGAAAUAUCCCAUCGAACACGGAAUCAUCACCAACUGGGACGACAUGGAGAAGAUCUGGCAUCACUCGUUCUAUAACGAGCUGAGAGUUGCUCCAGAAGAACAUCCGACUCUGCUCACUGAAGCUCCACUCAACCCUAAAGCCAACAGAGAGAAGAUGACACAGGUACGCACAACACUACACUUCACUACACAACACUAA